AUAAAAGACAAGAAGUUAAGAACCAAAUUAAUAAAACAAGAUAUUCAAGCUCGAGAAGCAGCUAAAGCAGCAGCCAGAGCAGAGAUGUUGUUGCACGAGGAUGUAGGUUACUUGGAAGCAGAGGGCAUAGAAAAUACACAUUAUUAUACACAAGAUAAACUUAAACAAGCAGUGGAUGUCAAUACAGCCAGCAAGAUGUUUUCUUUAGAUCUACCCACAUUUGGUCCAUACAGGGUUGACUAUACCCGCAACGGCCGUCACUUGCUGAUAGGAGGACAUAAAGGACAUAUUGCUGCAUUCGAUUGGCAAUCAGGAAAUCUUCAUUUUGAACUUAAUGUUAAUGAAACUGUGCGUGAUGUUACCUGGCUUCACAAUGAACAGAUGCUCGCAGUGGCACAAAAGAAAUACGUCUACAUAUACGAUAAAACUGGCUUAGAAAUUCAUCGUCUAAAGAACCAUGUGAAUGUGGAUCGACUAGAAUUCUUACCCUAUCACUUUUUACUAGUGUCGACUGGCAGUACUGGAUUCUUAAAGUACCAAGAUACAUCCACUGGUCAAGUUGUUAAGGAAAUCCGAACGGGUUUAGGUCCCUGUAAUACGAUGACACAGAACAAAUAUAAUGCAGUCAUUCAUCUCGGUCAUAAUAAUGGCACAGUGACCAUGUGGUCACCUACAAUGGUUCAACCUCUUGUCAAGAUGCUCUGUCAUCGUGGUCCAGUGAGAGCUGUGGCUGUUGAUAAAGGAGGAUAUUAUAUGGCUACAGCAGGUGUUGAUGGUCAGCUCAAGAUUUGGGAUAUUCGUAAAUACGGUGUUGUGCAAGAGUACUUUACGCCUCGUACAGCGUCAUGCUUAGACAUAUCAGACACAGGCUUACUAAGUGUUGGUUUCAAUACGACGGUACAAGUAUGGAAAGAUGCCUUUAGAACAAAGCAGACAACACCAUACAUGACACAUCUCGAAGAAGGCUCACCUAUUGUUGAUUCUAAAUUUGUACCCUAUGAAGAUAUAUUGGGUAUUGGUCACCAAAAGGGUUUAUCUCAUCUCAUCAUUCCUGGUGCUGGUGAAGCCAACUUUGAUUCGCUCGAGGCUAACCCAUACCAGACAAAGAAACAGAGACAAGAAGCCGAAGUACACUCACUAUUAGACAAGUUACAGCCUGAAAUGAUCGUACUUGACCCAACAUCGAUUGGUAAAGUGGCCAGAAAGCCUAAUAAAUAA